UUCGUGUCCCCAUUCUCUGCUCAGCCUCUGUCCUUUCCCUUUGUUGUCCUGACGUUUCUUUCUGACACCUAAACAUGGCACCCAAGAAACCCGAGCCCAAAAAAGAGGAGCCGAAGAAGGAGGUGAAGCGUCCUGAGCCAGAGGUUCCCAAGGAGCCUGAAUUCGACCCCAAGUCAGUAACUCUUGAAUUCACUGCUGAUCAGAUUGAAGAUUUCAAGGAAGCAUUCACUCUGUUUGACAGAACGCCCAACUUAGAGAUGAAGAUUACUUAUGCCCAGUGUGGUGAUGUCAUGCGCGCCCUGGGUCAGAACCCCACCAAUUCAGAGGUCAUGAAGGUCUUAGGAAGACCAAAACAAGAAGAUAUGAACAACAAGCUGUUGGACUUUGACACCUUUCUGCCAAUGCAUCAACAUAUCUGCAAAGUUAAGGAUCAAGGAACAUUUGAAGACUUCGUUGAAGGUCUGAGAGUAUUUGAUAAGGAAGGAAAUGGCACAGUAAUGGGAGCUGAACUUCGCCAUGUCUUAGCUACAUUGGGUGAGAAGUUGACAGAGGAUGAAGUGGAGCAACUGUUGGCUGGUCAAGAGGAUGCAAAUGGAUGCAUCAACUAUGAAGCCUUUGUAAAACACAUCAUGGCUGGCUGAAAACUGGGAGCUGCAAAACAGCAUUUUCUUUGACUUCUCCAGCCUUGCCCUCUCUUUCGACCGACAAGACAUUCAUCAUUACAGCUCUUAAUGAUCUCAGCAACCCUAAAAUUCCAUUGAAUAUUUGUAUCUGUGAAACGUCCUGUGAACUGAAGCCUUCAUCCAAAUAACACCAAGAAUUUCCUUGUAUUUCCCGAAAGUGUAAUUGUUUUUCUGUAAAAUAAAUUUACCCUUUCAAAUUAUUAAA